AAAUCUGCAUUCGAACAACAUUGCAACCAUCACAGAGGUGUAUUCUCGAUUGCUUUCGAAUUUGACGAUAUUAGAACUGUAUAGGAACAACAUUGCAACCAUCAAUGAAGGGGCAUUCACGGGACUUUCGAAUUUAAAAGGAUUAUAUCUUCACAACAAUAAGAUUUCAAGGAUUGAAAAAGAGAUGUUUCAAGGCCUUCACAACUUAGAGAUAUUAAAUCUGCAUUCGAACAACAUUGCAACCAUCACAGAAGGUGUAUUCUCGAUGCUUUCGAAUUUGACGAUAUUAUAUCUUGGUUCCAACAGCAUUUCAACCAUCAAAGAAGGUUUAUUCACGGGGCUUUCGAAUUUAAAGUCAUUACAUCUUUGGAAGAACGACAUUUCAACCAUCAAAGAAGGUUUCUUCACGGGGCUUUCGAAUUUAGAGAGAUUAGAUCUUUGGAUGAACGACAUUUCAACCAUCAACGAAGGUGCAUUCACGGGGCUUUCGAAUUUAAAAGAAUUAAAUCUUUGGGACAACAACAUUGCAACCAUCAAAGAAGGUACAUUCAUGGGGCUUUCGAAUUUAAAAGAAUUAGAUCUUUCGGACAACAAUAUUGCAACCAUCAAAGAAGGUACAUUCACGGGGCUUUCGAAUUUAAAAGAAUUAUAUUUACAUAACAACCUCAUAGAAAAAUAUGAAGAUGGCGCUUUCUUAUUCCUUACCAGCAUAGUUGAAAUUAACCUCAAAAACAAUAACCUUAUGAGGUGUGGAUGUCACUUGCCAGCCUUCGUUAAGUAUAUUAAAGAAGUCUAUAACAGAACUGUUGCUGUCUUUGGCACGUGUCAGGAAGGCUCAGGGAAACGAAUACCUAUACUGGAUUAUUCGCAAUGUCAAAAUUACUCGUUAUUUCAACGGAAUUUACAGUGUCAAACAUGUUCAGGAAUCACAUGCAAUGAUUCAAAAGUGACAAGCUGUCCAGAAGCAGAGCCUGUAUGCCGAUUCGCAAUAUCAAUGAACGGUACUAAACUGAAGACUGAAAGGUCCUGCAGCACAUACAGAAAAUGUGUUGAAGCUAUGAUAAACAAUACCCUUACAUGCAAUAAACGGACGAAUAGCACGUCUUGUACUGGUUGUUGCGUCGGACACUUAUGUAACAAGAAUGAUUUCAUUGGCUGGACCAAAUCCCUCGUAUUUCGUUUGAUUUUUAAAAAGUUCAACGAAUAUAAAAUCCCCGCUGAGAACAUAUCAAGAGCCGUGAGUAGAUAUCUGCCCUCUCUCUCUCUUUCUCCGUACACAGACGCGCGUGCGCGCACACAUAUGCACUGAACAUGCGC